CGUCAGGGUUUCCAUAUCCCUCAAACAGAUGUUCCCUUUUCUUGUAAAUCAGAACAUUGAUGCCAGUGCACUGUACUGUGCUAAAUAUGUAAUUUCCUAAAUUACUGCUGACAAAUAAUAAAAUGAGAAGUCUUCCAUUUUAAUCAGAAGUUCAACAGCGCAGAGACGUGAGAAUCACAGGAAUGCAGACCACCACAGAGUAUUUCCUGAACACACCUUCCACAGAUGACUAUGAAAUUGACUAUAAUGGAAGCAUAGUAUUACUUUGUGAAUAUGAUAUACAUGCAUCUGUUGGAAUAUUCACCUCAGUAUUUUAUUGCCUUGUCUUUAUUCUCAGUGUAUUUGGGAAUGGCUUGGUUUUGUGUGUGGUUCUGAAAUAUGAGGACAAAAAGAAGGUAAUAAACAUUUUCAUUGUAAACUUGGCCAUCUCUGACCUGGCACUGACUUUCUCUCUCCCAUUCUGGGCGGUAUAUCAUUCAUACAAUUGGAUCUUUGGAGACUUCAUGUGCAAGCUCUUGAGUGGGAUGUACUUUAUUGGCUUCUACAGCUGUAUGAUGUUUCUAAUGGUGAUGACUAUCCAUCGUUACUUGACAGUGGUUCAUGGUGUAUCUACUACUAGGACAAGGAGAACAUGGUAUGCCUGGUUGGCAAGUGCUACAGUUUGGGUUAUCAGUAUAUCAGCCUCUAUCAGAGAAAUGGUCUUCUCUGCCGCUCAAGAGGAUAAUCAAGGAAUCUUGUGUGAAGACAAAAGCAAUGGGAAAAUAUCAGAUUUGGUAGGAUAUUGUAUACACAUUUUUUUUUUCUUUUUACUUCCAUUUCUCAUCAUUAUGUACUGCUACUGUAGAAUUAUAAUGACUGUUGUUGCUUGUAGAACAAAGACGAAAUACAAUGUUAUUAAAUUUAUAUUUAGCAUUGUGGUGACAUUCUUUGUUUGUUGGGCCCCCUAUAACAUCAUCCUUUUUCUUAGGUCUCUUCAUGAGCUUGGAGUUGCUCAAUUGAUGGGUUGUGAUUUAGAAAAAAAAAUGAAUUACUCAUUAUAUAUCUGUCGCAACAUAGCGUACUUUCACUGUUGCCUCAAUCCUUUGUUUCAUCUCUUUGUUCAAAAGUUGAGAAGAAAUUUGUCAACAUUAAUUUGCAAUACCCCCAUAAAGGGAACAGUGAGAAAGCACCACAACAGUGUUCGCAGUAGCUCAAAUUACAUUAAUGAAGCAGCAUUGGUCCAUGAAAGAAUCUGCAUGUCAUCUCCUUUACAAAUAAAUGUCAGCAGAGCUAGUAAUGAAGAGAAAGUUUCAAGCUUUGUCUAAAAACAGAGAAAAUACUGUUUAUUUUACAGAGAAAGUACUGUUUAUACUCUUUUACUGCUUAUUUAUUGUUUUGUAUGUUUACAUUUUGUGUUAAAAUUGACAUGUUUUAAAAAGCAGUAGCAUGUUUCCAGCUUUAUGAACCAAGUGUAAACCUCUUUUGUGUAUACAGUUUAAUAAACAUUGUGCAAAUGUACCAG